AAAAUAAUUUCUUUAAAAAAUAUCUCCUCAAAACCAAAAUAAUCUAAUGGAACCGGGUGACCAUGGUCGAGGCUUUUACUACCACCACCAACAACCACCACCACCACAGCACCACCCUCACCCUCACCCUCACCAACAACCACCUUCUCAACCUCCAGCAGCCACCGGCAAUGGGAUCUUACCAAAUACUAGCACAGAUACACGAUCCAGUCAAACGCUAUAUCCUCACAACUCUAUCCCAUCUGCCGUCUCUUCUCCAUUACAGACCGGCGUACGGAGGAAGAGAGGGAGACCCAGAAAGUAUAGCACGCCGGAGCAAGCUGCUGCUGCUAAGAGAUUCUCCUCCUUGUCUUCUCCAACCUCAACUAGCAAAAAAGACACAUCUCAGACUGUUGGGGGCUCCUCAACAACCACUUCUUCUUCUUCCAAGAAACCUUCUCUUGGGAAUGCUGGGCAAGGUUUUACACCUUACAUGAUAACAGUGACAGCUGGCGAGGAUGUUAGCUACAAAAUCAUGUCAUUUAUGCAACAAAGCAAGCAAGAGAUAUGUGUGAUAUCAGCAUCUGGUGUGAUCUCUAAUGCAACUCUACAUCAGCCAGCCACAUCUGGUGGCAACAUUACUUAUGAGGGUCGUUUUGACAUUAUAUCACUAUGUGGAUCUUAUGUGCGUGCUGAUUUUGAAAGCAGGAGUGGUGGAUUAAGUAUCUGUUUGUGUAGUAAUGAUGGACAAAUCAUAGGAGGUGGUGUUGAUGGACCUUUGAUAGCUGCGGGCCCCGUGCAGGUAAUUGUUGGUGCAUUUGUUAUAAGCAGUAAGAACACUGCUGCUGCUGCUGCUGUUACAAAAGAGGAUGCUUCAGCCUUCCCAUUGGCAACUGAUUCCUCUGCAAUGAUUGGCAACUUGAAUAAUCAUCAAAACAGUGACAAGUAUCCAUUCAUCAUCCAAAAUGCAACCACCCCUUUGCCCUCUCCUCGAUUAUCUGACUGGAGGAGUAACAAUGAUUCAAGAAACACUUCUGGUUUUAAUCUGUCAGGAAGAGUGAAUCAUGGAGAAAACCCUUCUCCAAAUGAAGAUAUUUAUCAAUUCCGUGAUUGACUACUUAAUCAAGAAACUGGUUGAAUCACUGUAUAGUUUACCCCUGGCCCUUGAUUUGUAUUUGGUUAUAAUGAUAAUGGUAUGCUCGGUUAGAUUUUGAUGGGAUUUGCUUAUGUAUUUUCAUUGCAGUAAGUAGUAUUCUUGGGACUGGUUACAGAUGCACACAAUGUAUUUAAUGGAU